AUGUUAAUAUGUCUUGAUCAAAAUGUAACAAAUAUUAUUCCAAAAAUUGGCUCUCCUCUUUGGAAUGAUUUGAAUUCUCGUAAUAUGAUAAAAAGGAAUAUUGAGAUUUCUACCCGUUCAUCUUCAGCUCAAAUCUACGAUCUGAUUCAUCAUUUAUUUCCCAAUCACCUGAACGGCCAAAGAUUGUGUUUGUUCAAUAGUAGCUCUGGUAUACUAAAAGAAGUCUCGUAUAACGAAAUAACUUGCGAUUUAAUUAAACGAAACUUAACAAAAACUAAAAAAAUGUAUAUUGCUCCCGGUGCUAUUGGCAUUCCGGAAACUUAUUACGUUCCUGGUGUUAUUGACAUUACCAAUGCUUUCGAUAUUCCCGAUGUUACCGAUGCUUUUGAUUUUCCCGAUGCUUCUAACUUUACCGAUGCUUUCGAUGUUCUCGAUGCUCUUGAUGUUCUUGAUACUUCCGGCGUUACCAAUGCUUUUGAUGUUCUCGAUGCUUUCAACGUUCCCGAUGCUUUUUUUCCCGAUGCUUUCAACGUUACCGGUGCUUUUGAUAAUUCCGACGUUAUACCAAUGCUCCCGAUUAUUUAG